GGCCUCGAGCUGACCACGCUGCGGGUACUCAACUUCAGCAUGAUGGAGACGGAGUGCAGCCCAAGCACCCGGGUGAACCCUGAAGACUGUGACUUCAAGGAGAAUGGGGUCAUCAAGGAGUGCUCAGGGACAGUGCAGUUCCUGCAGAGCUUCCCUGAGAUCGACCUGCGCUGCAAUGAUGCCUCCUCCAACCCAGUUCUGGUCGAGCGUGGCCGGUUCGGGCGCUUCCUGGGCAAGAUCCGGCACUAUCGGCCCAGGGUCAAGAUCUGGGCCAAUGCCGGGGUGUCCGUCACUGUGGGCUGA